UUUUCUUUUCUUUUCUUUUCUUUUGGCUACAGUGUCGGCCUCUCCUAAAACCCUUUUCUCCUGCUCUUUCUUCUCCUUGUUCUUCUUCCCCAAAAUCCAAAAACCCCGUUGCCUUUUUUUACUAACCAGAUUGUCCCCAAGUUGGUAAGUGGCACUCAAUUUCUGGGGAACUGGGUGGAGACUAUAAGAAGGGAUUUGUUGAUCUUAGCUAGGAGACAGAGUGAUGGCACAAUGGGCUGGUCGAAAACAAGUUGGGUGCAUUAGUGAGUAUGGAGAAAUUAAACCUCGAUGUUUAUUGAGAAUUGCUGAGGAUGUAGUGUUGAUGGAUGAAGUUAAAGCAGCAGUUAAAGAUGAAACUCUGGCAAUAUCAGAAAUUAGGAAAAGAAAGCGACUGGGCCGUUGUCAACUUAGAGAGAUGAAAGCAGCAGAACGCGUGAAGGAAAGGCAAAGCAUGAGCUACAUUAGUAGGCAAAGUAAGCGUGAUGCAAGGAAGCUCAAGGGUGUAGAAAGAUGGUCUGCUGAGAGGUAUGAGCUGGCAGAGCAAAGUAUGUUUGAAGUCUUGAAGGCUGAGGGAGCAACUUUUGGGAAUCCAAUUUCCCGUCUGGCACUGAGAACUGCUGCUCGUAAACGCAUUGGUGACACUGGACUGCUAGACCAUUUACUGAAGCACAUUGAUGGUAAAGUGAUACCAGGGGGGACUGAGAGGUUCCGGCGUUGCUUCAGCCCAAAUGGAGUUAUGGAGUAUUGGCUAGAGAGUGCUGACCUGGCUAACAUUCGGCAGGAGGCUGGGUGGCAGGAUCCUUUUUGGUUUCCUCCAAAUAGGUGGCCAGGUUGUGCGUCUUCUCUGGAUUCUGUUUCUUCUGGAGAACUGAUGUUGCUUAAGAAAGAAAUGGUCAACCUGAAAAGAGAUAUGCAGGAGUUCAUAUCCAAGAAUCAAGAACAAUAUCCGGCUGAGGUGAUGCAUAAGGAUUUGGUGAAAUAUAAAACUACAGUUGAUGAGCACCUAAAGGAGAUCACAAAUUAUUUGGUUGGAAUUAAGGGGAUGCACGAUGAAUUGAUAGCAUGGAAAGUUCAAGUUGAGCAACAGCUGGUUGAAAUUAAAAAUUCCUUGAGCAGCAUACAGGCAUCAAAGCAAGACACUGCCUUGAGUCUUCUGGACUCUGAAAGAUGGGAAGAUUGGCUUGAGAGCAGUAAUCUGGAUAGCAUCCAGGGUAAUGAACUUGCACCUUUUUAUGAGAGUGCAAAUCUAGUUAAUGUUAAGCAAGUGGUUGCAGUGCAAAACCCAUACUCAACCCUACCACCUCAGAUGGGAUCUGACCCUAUUUGUGCAAGAGAUCUAGAGCUGUUUAAGGAAGAAAUGGGCAAAACAAAGAGAGAUGUCCCAGAGAUGGUGCCCAAGAAGCAAGAGGAAGAUCAUGCCAACGUGACCCCAGAUUCUUCUGCUACCACCAAUUCAAAGUCAGACCGUGAUAACUCAUUACUUCCAUUUCAGGAAAUGAUUAUGGAGCUGUUUAAGUGGAAGGAUAAGAUGGAGCAGCGGCUGGAGCAGAUAUCAAAUUCUGUGAGUUGUAUGCAGGCAUCAAACCAAAUAGAUUUUCUUCAGCCUUUUAGUUGUUAAAAGUUAGAAAUCAUAGGAUAGAAUGUCAGUCAGUUCCAUGUUCUGGAGAACCAUAGAUACGAUUUAGAUUAGUAGGAUUUAGAUCUUGUAUAGCAUUUACAAGUCAAAUGCUUGACUCCCUAGUUCAAUCUAUUAGCUGAUAGGAUUGUUAUCUAACACACAUGAAGAGUCAAACCAUGUAAUUUAAUGAGAAAAUUUGUCAUCAACCUUUACUUAAUUAUGUGGUGUAAAUUGUUAAUAUUCUGCCUUUGACUGGGAUGGGGCUUAAAAAA